AUGGCUUUAACUUUAGAUAAUACCACUUCAAAUACCAAUUCAAGUACAAGUUCAGGUAAGACGUCGAGAACAUCAAGUAUUUCUCGACAUAAUUCAAUAAAGAAUAAAUUAAAAUCAUUACGAAAAGAAUUAAAAUUACAUCAAUCAAAACCAUUACCUCCAUUACCACCAACAAGAAGAUUUAAUUCAACUUCAUCAACUCCAAAUUCAUUUUCUUCUUCAACUUUUUCAAGUCUAAAUAAUUUAGCUAGAUCAAAAUCAGUUUCACUACCUAUAAAUACUACCAAACAAUUACAACAACAACAACAAGUACCAACAAGAGAAUUUCAUAUUGAUUUUGAUUAUAAUUAUACUUUUGAUUUAAAAUCUCCAACUAUUGAAGAAAAUCAAAUGAAUUUUCAAAUUGAUGAUCAAACUAUUUUACCUCCAUUACCACCAACUGAAUAUGAUUCAACAAUAACUUCAAUAAGUAGUCUGGAAAUAAAUAAUUCUUCUUGUAUAAAUGCAGGUCAUAAUAAUUCAGAAGAUGAUGAAGAAGAAGAUGAUGAUGAUUUUUUAAUUAAUGGUAAUGAAUUAAUGGAUGUUGAUAAAUUAGCUUGUUCAAUUUUAAAACUGAUUAAUAUUAAUAAUCGUGAAAUUCAAUGGAAUAUUUAA